CCUACGCAGAGCUGAUCAUGUGACUCAUCCGUACAGGUUUACACUUUCUCGGUCAGUCCGCGGCUGUCCCACCUAAAGUCGUCUCUCUGAUUGAAGGCUGACUUUUCUCCCGUUGCCAUAGAAACGACAUUGAACAUGAGGCUGUGGAGGGAGACUCUGGGUUUCCUGUUACUGUGGGCCUGUCUGGACUCUGCACUCUCAAAGAGCUGCUCCUCGUUUUUCUGCCGAAAAUCUCACCGUGUCAGCGGCCUGAAUGGAGUCGACCCCGGGUCCCCUCUCUUUCUCACUCCCUACCUGGAGAAGGGCGCCAUAGAUGAAGCCAGGAAACUGAGUCUGGUUGGAGAUCUGCCAGGUGCCAAUGUCAAGAGUUAUGCCGGGUACCUCACUGUCAACAAAAAAUACAACAGCAACCUCUUCUUCUGGUUCUUCCCUGCAAUGAUGGCGAACCAGGAUAAAGCUCCAGUCCUGCUGUGGCUGCAAGGCGGACCUGGUGGCACCUCUAUGUUCGGUCUCUUUGUGGAACAUGGACCAUAUGUGGUGUAUAAGAACUUGACUGUUGGUUUGAGGGAUUAUGCUUGGACAUCAAGAUAUUCAGUUUUGUACAUUGACAAUCCAGUUGGAACAGGUUUCAGCUUCACUGAUGAUGACAGAGGUUUUGCUCAGAACCAGGAUGAUGUAGGUAGAGAUCUGUACAGUGCUUUAACACAGUUCUUCCAGAUCUUUCCUGAGUAUCAGGCCAAUGAGUUCUAUGCAACUGGGGAGUCUUAUGCAGGAAAGUAUGUUCCUGCCAUUUCUUACUACAUCCAUAAAAACAACCCCACUGCCAAAGUGAAGAUUAACCUCAAGGGGAUGGCUAUUGGUGAUGGGCUCUGUGAUCCAGAAAUGAUGCUGGGUGGUUAUGGUGAGUUCAUGUACCAAACCGGUAUGAUAGAUGAGCUCCAGAAGGAGUAUGUCAUCCAGCAGACAGACUUAGGGGUUAAACUCAUCCACCAGCAAAAGUGGGUGGAGGCUUUUCAGGUUUUUGACAGCUUGCUGAAUGGUGAUGUGGAACCAUAUCCCUCCUUUUUCCAAAAUGCUACAGGCUGCACCAACUACUUCAACUACAUGACAUGUCAGGAGCCUGAAGACCAAGAGUACUUCUCCCAGUUUGUGACUCUGCCAGUGGUGCGUCGCGCCAUCCAUGUGGGGAACCUGACGUUCAACGACGGCUCUAAGGUGGAGAAGCACCUUCUGCAGGAUGUCAUGAAGAGCAUCAAACCGUGGCUUGGAGUGCUUAUGGACAACUAUAGGGUAUUAAUCUACAGUGGUCAGCUGGAUGUAAUUGUUGCAGCCCCACUGACUGAGAGGUUCCUGCCUACUGUCAACUGGACCGGGGCUGCGGAGUACAAAACAGCCCCUCGCUUCCACUGGAAGGUUCAGCCCAGUGACACAGAGGUGGCAGGUUACGUAAGACAAGUGGGAGAGUUUUACCAGGUCAUCAUCCGAGGAGGGGGACACAUUCUGCCUUACGACCAACCAGCGAGGUCCUUUGACAUGAUUGACAGAUUCCUUUCGACGCAGGGCUGGAUAUAAAAUGUUUGCUUAUUGAGAGCUUACUGUUGAUUAUUGACUGUUGAUUUGAAAUACUGAUGAUUAUCUCAGGCAGCAUAAAUCAGCACAUUGUUGCAUUUUAAUUCAGUUUUUUUAUUUUUUCAGCUGAUUUUUUUGUUUGCGUUUAGACUUUGGGACUGCUCUGUGAUGCAAUGCAAAUGAAAUAAGUAAUCUUAGCCUGGAUCCUGAUCUCUGGAGCCUUGCCAACAUUUCUGAUUUUUUUCAAAUAGUAAAAAGGUACUUGAAAACAAAACUGCAGUUCAGUCUGAUUAUCAGGCCUGAGUUCUAUGAAAAUCAUCAAUUUAUUUUUGUUGGGAUUGUGAGGAAAAUGUAGUUGCAGUCGAUCACUGCAACCUUGAAACGGAAGUUGAAUUGUCUUGAAAUAAUAAAAUGUUUUUUGUAAAAAAGUGUCUAAAUAUGUUUUAAAAAACAACCUAAAAUUAAAGCCACAAGCAGCAUUGAAUGGGCCCUUGCAUCCUCUGAGUGUGGGAGGUGGUGGAAGCCAUGGUGUUGUUAAUUUUCAGGACAACCAGACACUGCAUUAAUGAGAGAAUGUCCUGUGUGGAGGACGUUGCACUGGAAAAGACAUGUUGGACAUUUUGUAUACGUCUGACGAACUGCUGCCUCACAGGGAUCACUUCAGGCUACCAGUAGGUCAUGCAAAUCUAGUGAGUUAUUAAAACAGCAAUACACUUUCCAGAGGUUGCCUGAUGUGGAUAUACAUUUUAAUAUUUGAUUUUGGGGUGUUGCUCAAGUUCUGUGCGAGUCUGGACAUGGAUGGGUACAUGUGCCCACCGAAUUUUGGAAAUUUAGGUAAAGCAUACCGUGAGGGCUACUUCACUGAAAUUUUGUAGGGCACUAUUGAGCUAUUUUGCCAUAUCUAUGCCUAAGACCCAUAUCAGAUGAUAAUUUUCACCACUAUUGUGUCAAUAAAAAAGAUUUCUAAUA